AGACGCUUCCGCUCUGUAUGAGGAGAGGCAGAAAAAAAGCGUAUCCUCCAUCCUGGUAUUUGCCUUCAUCCUGGUCACUGCGAAGUUCCCGUACCCAAAACAGGAAGCUGAGCAUGAACACAGGAGAUGUCCCAGCCACUGUGACCCUUGAAUCCGUCAAUUCUGUCACAUUUACUCAGGACACUGAUGGAAACAUAAUUCUGCACUGCCCUCAAAAUGAUGGGGAGGAUCUGGGUUCAGAUGGGACCACCGAACCUGUUCACAAACGACUGCGGUUGUCCAAUGAAGAUGGAGAAGACCCUCAGGACUCUACCUCAACGGAGUAUUCUGUUGUCACUCUGCCAAUUACAGAAGGUGAUGAAAGCUUCGAGGUGACAAUGACUGCUACGGAGAUGAGAGAUGGGGAGCUGGAAUCAGACGACCCUUCUGAAACGACAGAUAAGGAUUCUUCUGUCCAAAAAAAAGGUAAAGAUGUAUCAGCUGUCAGUCAAGCCUGGUUCACCACGAAAGAGGAUAAAGACACACUGGUUAAUAAAGGUCACAAAUGGAAACAGGGUAUGUGGUCAAAAGAGGAGAUUGAUCUCCUGAUGAGCAACAUAGAGCGUUAUUUAAAGAACCGAGGGAUUCGGGACCCUGCGGAGAUCAUCUUUGAGAUGUCGAAAGAGGAGCGAAAGGAUUUUUACCGCAGUAUAGCGUGUGGUUUGAACAGACCGUUGUUCGCUGUAUACAGACGCGUACUACGAAUGUACGAUAACCGAAACCACGUAGGCAAGUACACUGAUGAGGAGAUCAAUAAAUUGAAAGAGCUAAGGGAGAAACAUGGAAAUGAUUGGGCUUCCAUUGGGGCGGCACUUGGUCGCAGUGCAUCGUCUGUGAAGGACCGCUGCCGUCUCAUGAAGGACACAUGCAACACCGGAAAAUGGACAGAGGAAGAGGAGCGAAGGUUGGCAGAGGUGGUCCACGAGUUGACGGGCACAGAUGCGGGUGACGUUGUAACUCAGGGAGUCUCUUGGGCAUCGGUGGCUGAACUUGUCGGCACUCGCUCAGAGAAACAGUGCCGCUCCAAAUGGCUCAACUACCUUAACUGGAAACAGAGCGGUGGCACGGAGUGGACCAAAGAAGAUGACAUCAACCUUGUUCGCAGGAUAGCUGAACUGGAUGUGGAGGAUGAGAAUGAAAUUAAUUGGGACAUUCUGGCCGGUGGGUGGAGCAGCGUUCGCUCGCCUCAGUGGCUCCGCAGCAAAUGGUGGACCAUCAAAAGACAAGUGGCCAAUCACAAGGAACUUCCCUUUCCUGUCUUGUUGAAAGGGCUGCAAGAUGUUGUGGAGGCACCGCCGUCUGCGAUGAACAAGGUUGUGGUGAUUGGUUCUCGAUCUGCUUGUGCUUCUCCCAGCCCUGUCACCGCACUGCAGAUCCCGGUCCAGAUUCCAGUGCAGAUCACACAUGUCUCUUCUUCAGACGGUGCAAGCGGUGCCUCAGACAGUGAAACCAUCACAUUGAACUCCGGGGCUUUACAGACCUUUGAAUUGCUGCCUUCAUUUCACCUGCAGCCCACUGGCACCCCAGGAACGUAUUUCCUCCAAACAGGAACCAAUCAGAGCCUCACGCUCUCAGCCAAUCCCACGGUCACACUCACAGCUGCAGCUUCGCCAUCUUCACCAGACCAGAUUAUUUUACACAGCCUCACCGAAGAUAUUCACGGAGACUGA